GAUUCUAGGACAUACCCAGUUAGGAACCAAUAAGAGGCAGGCAGGCACAACUGGUUUGCCAGGUUCUCUAACCUUCUGCUGAGCAGAAAACCACUUGUUUGUGGAAAAUGUCUAAAAUGAAAAACCCCCAGACUUUUGAGGAGCAAACAGAAUGUGUCAUGAAUGCUCUACUCAUGGACUUUUUGACCCCAACAUUACAGGUUGCUAGCCGGAAUCUACAGGAUUCAGACGAACCAUACUCAGGAGAGGCUUGCUCUUUUGAUGUGUCUAUUAUUGCUGGCCGCCUUCGAAUGCUGGGUGACCAGUUCAAUGGAGAAUUGGAAGCUUCUGCCAGUAAUGUCAUUGCAGAAACCAUUCAAGGACAGGCAGGAACUGUACUCAAGGACAUAGUCCAGUCUCUCAGCAUGGCCUGGUGUACUCAAGACCCCACCCUAGCUUUUGAGAGAGCCUUUCUGGCAGUGUCAGUGAAACUUCUUGAAUGUGUGGUCCGUAAGGCUCCUGAAAUGGCAAGACAGGUGGCUCGCCGCAUGACGGGCAUGAUCAAUGGGAACAUGGCCAUCCGAGAAUUUAUCCAGGACCAGGGAGGAUGGGAGAACUUGGAGAGCUGA